CUUCUCUCCCCAGAAGAGGCAGAGGAUGUGAGUGAAGAAGCCCCGAUGAGGGACCGCUCCCACAUUGAGAAAACUCUGAUGCUGAAUGAGGACAAGCCAGUGGAUGAUUACUCUGUGGUGCUGCAGCGGCUUCGAAAGAUCUACCACUCAUCCAUCAAGCCCCUGGAGCAGUCUUACAAAUACAACGAGCUACGGCAGCACGAGAUCACAGAUGGGGAGAUUACUUCCAAGCCCAUGGUGCUGUUCCUCGGACCGUGGAGCGUUGGCAAAUCCACCAUGAUAAACUACCUCCUCGGGUUGGAAAACACUCGCUACCAGCUCUAUACAGGUGCUGAGCCCACCACCUCUGAGUUCACUGUCCUCAUGCACGGACCCAAGCUGAAAACCAUCGAGGGUAUCGUCAUGGCUGCCGACAGCGCCCGGUCCUUCUCACCCCUUGAGAAAUUUGGCCAGAAUUUCCUAGAGAAGCUGAUUGGCAUCGAGGUUCCCCACAAACUUCUGGAGCGAGUCACUUUCGUGGAUACACCAGGCAUCAUUGAGAACCGCAAGCAGCAAGAAAGAGGUUACCCCUUCAAUGAUGUGUGCCAGUGGUUCAUCGACAGAGCGGACCUCAUCUUUGUCGUCUUUGACCCAACCAAGUUGGACGUGGGUCUGGAGCUGGAGAUGCUCUUCCGCCAGCUGAAGGGACGCGAGUCCCAGAUAAGGAUCAUCCUGAACAAGGCCGACAACCUGGCAACGCAGAUGCUCAUGCGGGUCUAUGGGGCCCUCUUCUGGAGCUUGGCCCCGCUCAUCAAUGUCACAGAGCCCCCGAGGGUUUACGUCAGCUCCUUCUGGCCACAAGACUACAGGCCCGAUACACACUGGGACCUGUUUCUCAAGGAAGAGAUCUCUCUCCUGGAAGACCUGAACCAGGUGAUCGAGAACAGGUUGGAGAACAAGAUCGCCUUCAUCCGCCAGCAUGCCAUCCGGGUCCGCAUUCACGCCCUCCUGGUCGACCGCUAUCUGCAGACUUAUAAGGACAAAAUGACCUUUUUCAGUGAUGGAGAGCUGGUCUUUAAGGACAUUGUGGAAGACCCCGACAAAUUCUACAUCUUCAAGACCAUCCUGGCAAAGACCAACGUCAGCAAGUUUGACCUUCCCAACCGCGAGGCCUACAAGGACUUCUUUGGCAUCAACCCCAUCUCCAGUUUCAAGCUGCUGUCUCAGCAGUGCUCCUAUAUGGGGGGCUGCUUCCUGGAGAAGAUUGAGCGGGCCAUCACGCAGGAGCUCCCCAGCCUCCUGGGAAGCCUUGGGCUAGGGAAGAAUCCAGGUGCUCUCAACUGUGACAAAACAGGGUGUGGCGAAACCCCAAAGAAUCGCUAUAAGAAACACUAG